AUGUAUAGAUUAUUAAAUGUUAAUUUAGUUGUAGCUCAUAUACAAAGUGCAAUUACUUCAGUUUAUAAUUUAUUAAAAUUAUAUGAACGCGAGGGCAUUCUUUCGGUUCGUCCAGGCAUUCGAUUUCCUCAUUCUAAAAAUAUGCAAUGGGAUCCUAAUGCUGAAACUGAAUUUAAUGGACAGAUAUUAUUAGCACACGAAUGUUUUUAUGAAUUUCGAGAAAAUACAGAAUUUAUUGGUUUAAUUGAUUGGGAUGAUUUGCUUUUGCCGAGUAGAAAUUUUGUUGAUUUACCCUCUGUUUUUAAGGAAGCUUUAAUUAAAUAUCCGAAUACAGCCUAUUUUUUGGUUAAUAAAUUGGAAGCAAAAUUUGAAGAAAAAUCCCAAAAUCCACGUUUAUUUAAUCUUCGUAAUUUAAUGGAGAAGGGUAUAAUGAUGUCACAUAUUUACAACGACGAAAAAAUGGUUGUUAGACCAAAAAAAUUGAGAGGAUUUUGGAUGCAUCAUUCACACUUUUUAGAAAAAGGAUUUAAACCUCAACAAUUAUUAACUAAUUAUUCAAUACUUUUACAUUUGGCAAAUGAAGAUAGAGUUAAAGAAAAUGAAUUUAUUUAUCCUUUUUUAAAAAAUUUUAAUAUUAGUGAAAUGGAAAGACAUUCAAAUUUUAUUCUUUCACAAAUGACUAAUAAAAAUGUAAGCGAAGAGGGGGGGGGGGGGGGAGGGAGGGGGGGGGGGGUGAUCCAGUGGCUAUUGUUGUGA